AUGCCAAUCAUCCAACGUCCUUACGUGCCGCCCGGGGACCAGCCGCCCCACGAGGAUAGUUACGUCAACCCCGGCGACAUACCGGCGUUGAGCGUGAACACCGCGCCGGCUCCCGCCGCGGCGCCGGUGGAAGCGCCCAGCUCGCUGGACCCCAUCACCUUCUACAGCGACUCCUUCCACAUCUUCAGCAGCCUGUACUCGGCGGUGCUGUUCUUCGGCGAGCAGGUCGAAGAGCGCGAACCCAUCCUGCGGGCGCGGAUCAAGGUCAGCCCCCAGAUGAUGAAAGCCAUCGCGGUCCUUUCGGCGAAGCACGUCCGCGAGUACGAGGAAGCCGUGGGUCCGAUCCCCCUGCCCGAGCAGGUGUACGCCGCCUGGGAGAUCGAGACGGACGGUCACGCUCACUGA